AUGAAAGAUGCAAUGUCCACCUUUGGCGUAGAUAUGCACAACGUGAGCGCCGACGAGGACCCCCCGUACGUCCAGGAGCAUCAGCGGCAGCGGAUGGUGCAGGACAUCAUGUCCAGUUCGCAGAACCUGAAGAGCUUGUCCAAGAUGGACCGUCUGCGGUUGGCGCUCGAUCAGGUACGCAACGAACCUGCUGGGCAUGAGAAGUGGAACGAGGUGUACCUGUUCCUGCGCACGACGGAGAUGUGCACGGAGGUACUGGCGAACGAAUCGGACGUGUUCCCGAAAGGCAAGAAGCUCUGGAUCGAGAUUGAGCAGUGCGAGGAGAAGCGGGUGCCGGGGCUGAUGGUGCUGCCGAACGGGAUGCCGGUGCUGCCCAUUUUCACCAUGGAGGAGUACAUGGAUUCGUACUUCUCGCGCACGAACGUGUACGACUCGUGCUGGUUUCCUGUGCCGCGCAGCGGGACGCAAUGGGAGGAGUUCUGCAAGCUUCCUUUUCCUGUGUGUGUCACCGGGAACAUUCAGCACUUUAGCACCCUGGCGACGGUGGCCCUCGGCAGCCACCAGCUCGGUAUUCUCGUCAAUCCGGGCAUGCGUUCCAGCAAGUUUAUCACCUACCCCGAGAUGGUCACCCUAACGCAGCAGAGACAGCAAAAGAGAAAAAACCGCCGACUGGCGGUGACGCCGGCUACCAGCGCGGACGGCAGCACCGCUGCCGCUCCCGGAGAAGAGCGGCUCUUUGACGAGAACUUGAUGAUGACCUUCGACACCAAUAAGCUGCCAUUGAAACGUCUCGAGCCACAGGACCUUGCGGCCUGCAUAGCGCAGCGGCCGCCAAUUCCACCAGUUGCGGAGCUCGAGCUGCACCUGCUGCUGCACGUGUAUCCCGAGAUCGAGGCUGUCUACAUCCGCACUGUUGAUCGGCCGCGGUGGCGAAGAAUGUUAGGGGCGUCGGAGAAGAUGACGCAGAUCGAUGUUGUCUGCUGCCCUUCCCGCAAGCCGGACAAGAGCUUCUUUGAACACCUGCAGCAGUGGAGCUUCAUGAAAGAGUUCAACAGCGACGUGCACGUGGAGCUGACGAGCCAGGCCCCGGCGCAGGAGGGCUCUACAGAUUCCUUCAUGCGCAUAUACUCAAACGAGGUUGAUGGUAGGCUACUACGGUCCAUGGCCACCUUCAAAGGACGCACUCUGGCCGACCAACUCGGCUUCAACGAUCCCAUCACAGACGGCCAGGGCAACAAGCCGUACGAGCGCUACGUUAGCUAUUUUUGA